AUGAAUUUAUUAGAAAGUCUGCACGCUUCAAUUUCAAGUUUGAACCUAAAUCAGGAAUGUCCCUCUAAAAUAGAUUGCGCAACUUCUAGCGGCAUUAGUGAUACGCUUGAAUUACUUUACAAUCGAAAUAUUCAUGUAUUAGACCUAGAUGCUCAUAUUAGAAAAUCUCCCGCCUUAUUUGAACAAUCUAAUGUUGCGUUAUUUUUAAUAUGAAAUAUAAAGGAACUCAUACAAGCUGAUGGAGGAGAACUUAAAAGGCCUAUUGUUGCAUUUUGGAAAAUACAAAAUACUGAGUUUCCAGAGCCUUCUAAUUCAGAAACUCCAGAUAAUUCAGCUUGACAUAAUCUUGUGAUUCUUCCCAAAAACCAUGCACUAAUUAAUGGGUGUUCGCUUGGAAAUGAGCUAGAAUUAAUUUUUUCGAUUGACUUAUCAGGGAAAAAAUUGCGUUUACCUACAAUAUUAAAAUAUUUGCUUAAAAGGGAGAUUCAGUAUUGAAAUAAUUUUGAAAAAUGUACACUAGGGGGAUUUUUUCCAAAUUCUGAUAUAGGAUUUGCCCUAGGAUGGCGCUAUAUAUGGCGCCAUCCUAGGCAAGCGAAAAUUGGCUCCACACGGGAACCGUAUUCCACGUGUGGAGCCAUUUUUCCACGUGUGGAAUCCACAUUUUUCCCACGUGGAAAAAUGGCUCCACACGUGGAACACAAUUCCCGUGUGGAGCCGUGUCUCCAAUUGCCCGAGGAUGGCGCAAUAUAGCGCCAUCCUCGGGCAAUUUCUAUAUCCAUGAUGAGUGUGAUAUUAAGAUGUAUGAGAAUUUUUGCGAAAGUGGAAUAUGAUGCUUAUUCAACACUAUAAUGCUCAUAUCAAAUGGAAAUAUUGCUUUCGCUGAAAAUUUUAGAGAGUAUGAUCCCACUAAAAGCAGAAAAUUAGGAGCUAUUUUACAGAAUUAUGGAGUUGAUUUAUGCAAAAAUCCAAACAAUAUUAUAUGCGAGGAUUAUCUAGAAAAAAACUGAAUUUAUGAUUUCACUAUUGCAGUUUAUGAAGGUUUGUUAAAUGAAGUUUUAGAAUGAGAAAAGCUAAGAAAUAGCAAAGAUAUUGAUUUAGAAUGUCUUAAUAUUAACCAACUCUGCACGCUUAAUAUGUUUAAAAAAUCAAAUUCAUGGGAACUUGCCAUCCAAUUUAUUAAAAAUUGUGGAAACGCCGAGAACGAAAUUAGAAUCAAAACUCCAACUAGUCACAAAAAGAUUAAAAGACGUGUUAAGUCACCUAAAAUACACCAAUCUGCAUUAAAAAUCAAGGGAGAAUAUGAAUAUAAAUUCUCUCGAAGCACAAUUGAUCUUAAAGGUUUGGUUGAUAGAAAAAAUAUUUUUAUUGACAAAACGUUAUUCAUAAAAGAAAUCUUAAAUGAUGGGUCUGAAGCAAUUAUGUUUACCCGGCCGCGUAGAUGAGGGAAAACUUUUAAUAUGCAUAUGCUAAAGACAUUUUUGCAUCCAGAUCAAAAUGCUGAUGGAAGCUUCAAAAACUUAUAUGUGUUUACUGGAGGGCAUGAUAACGUUGACCUUGAAAAUCUGGAUGAAACCAGAUGCUUAAAUAUAAUGACUGUAGAUAAUGGAAAAUAUAGAGAGUAUGCUGGCACAAUCCCAACAAUUUUUUUAACUUUUAGUCAUAUCUCGGAACCAACUAAGCAUGAAAAGUCAGAGUUUGAUUAUUAUCUUAGAGGAAUAAAAAAUGCUAUUCAUUCAGCAUACUGAAGCUGCAAAGAAAUAUAUUGCCAAUACUUAUUAAGAUUAGUUCGAAAUUAUUACACAUACAUAUUAAGGACUGAAUGUGAUAUUGAAAUUCCUGAUAAACUCGUUUUAGAAUCAAAAGUAAUAGAAUUAGAAUUAGCUUUGCCCUUUUGACUUGUUCAGUUUACACGUUUUAUAAAUCAUCCAGAUGAAAUUGAUUUAAAUAAUGCUUUAAUAUAUUUAGUUACGUUAUUUAUUGAGUUUUACGGAACAAAACCUUAUGUAUUAAUAGAUGAAUAUGAUGGACCUAUUAAUAAAGUGAUAAAUAUAGAAGUUAAAAGAGAAAUAUUAAUUUGUAUGAGAGCGAUUUUCCAGCCAGUAAUCAAAGACGGAAUUGCUAAAAAAGUUAUUUUAACUGGAAUUUAUGAGAUUGGAAAGACGGAUAUGCUAUCAGGUUUAAAUAGUUUGAUAUCAUAUACAAUUCAAAAUGAUACAAAUUAUGCUAAUUGCUUUGGAUUCACUGAAUCAGAAGUAAGUGAUUUGCUUGAUAAUAUUUUAUUCGCUGAAACAGAAGAGGAUCUUAUAGAGCAAAAAGAACUGAUUAAGGAAUGAUAUAAUGGAUAUAACAUUGGAAUCCAUAAAAUUUACAAUCCAUGAUCUAUUAUGAAUUGUUUGGGAGCUGCUGCACAAAAAAGUCAGAAUCCACUUCAACCUUAUUGAAUUAAUUCAGGUGGUUUCAAUCAAUUAAUUUUACUGUUUGAUAAAGUUGAGAAUUAUGAUAAAUUAUUUGAAUUAAUGAAUACUGGAUACCUUAUAUUCGAAGAGGAAAUCGAAAACCAGAUAGAACUAAAUUAUAAUGAAAAUGAUAGUGAUUACAAUAAAAGCAAUACAUUUGAUGAUUUUUUAGCGAUAUUGCUCCAUGCUGGAUAUUUGACAAAAGCUAGUGCUGAUAAAGCAAAUCCGAACUCUUAUCGCUAUAUUAUUCCUAAUAAGGAAGUUAAAAAGAGUUUUUAUACAUCAUUACUUACAUCUUGAAUGAAGAAAAAAAUGAGUCAAAAUAAAAUUGAUAAAAGCAAGCCAAUUGAAUUUAUUCAAUUUUUAGAAGAUGGCAAAUCACUCCAAAAUCUCUUUCAAGAAAAAGUGCUUGAUAAAAUGAAUGAUUUUACUGAUAAAACGGAGGAAGAUUUUAAACUGUUAAUAGGGUCGAUAUUUAGAAUAGCUUUACUUGAAAUGAAAUGCCCUACAUACAAGAUGCACGCAGAAAGUGCUAAUGUGCACGAGAAAAAAUUGGACCAUAUUUUUCUUCCUAUCAAGAAUGAAAGCUCUACAGUGAUAAUACACGAGUAUAAAAAAUUAGAUUCAGCAAGUCAUGAGCAAGCCCAAGAAAGGGUAGAUGAUGCGCUAUGGCAAAUUUAUGCAAAAAAAUAUAUGGAAAUUGGUUUAAAUUUAUACGAUGAUAUACAUCAUAAGCAUUUUAAAAACUUUAUUAUUCGAGGAAUUGUGUUUUAUAAGCUCGGCCUUGGAGAUGUAUGGAGUAUCCUUAUAAAGGAACAUAAAAUAACAGUUGAUAUGGCAAAAAAACUAAAUUAUUUAUUUAGCUCUCAAGAUGGUGGAGUAUUACCUAAUCAUUCGUUGUUAAGUGGAGAAAAUUCCAAUAGAGAGGCUAAAAUUAAUGCGAGAGGCACUCUAUGCAGCAGCCUAGACAGCUUAAUAGAAAAUAUGCAAAGACUAGACUUUUUUAAUCAUUUAAAUUAUAAGAAGGCUGAAGAAAUAGAAAAUUGUAAAAGACAAAGAAACCCCGAUCCAAAUGAAAUAGGGCAUGAGAAUAAAAGGAAAAGAUAA